CAAGCAUGGAGGGGUGAGAGCCCUUCGUCGUCAUCUUCUGAAGAUGACCAGCGUUCUACCUUAAGGCAGCAAGUACGAAGGGAUGUGAGCUCUCUGUUCAUCGUGGGCACCAACCCUUCUGCCAUCAUGAAGGAGAGUAGGCAAAGGGGAGAGAGCUCUUUGUCUUCCUCUUCUGAAGAGGAUGAGCCUUCUACCACCAGGCAGCGAGUACGAAGGUUUGAGAGCCCUUCCUCUUCAUCCUCCGAAGACAAGCAGCCUGCUACUCCAAGGCGGCAGCAAGUACGAAGGUUUGAGAGCCCUUCGUCGUCAUCUUCUAAAGAUCACCAGCGUUCUACCACCAGGCAGCAAGAACGAAACGAUGUGAGCUCUUUGUUCUUCGUAGGCACAAACAUGAAGGAGCGCAGGCGAAAGGGUGAGAGCCCUUUGUCUUGUGCAGAAAACAUGCCCUCUACCACCAGUGCAAGAAAGGAGAGGGAGAUCAUUGAAAGAGAAAAGCAGCGUUUGGAGGAGGAGGGUUUAAAAAGAGAAAGAGAGAGGUGUGAAAAGAUGAAGAGAAAGAACCAGGAGAAGGAGAGGAAAACGUUUGGUCUGCGUUCAAGAAUGUACAUUUGGUGGCUCAAUGGCAAGAUAGACAACAUUGCCAGGGACAUCCAAUCAACCUUUGUGGAUGAAAGCUACCUCCUGCUUCAUGAUCCCCUCAGAAAUCCAGAGAAAAUGGCAGACAAACGCAGACAGGAAUUUAAGAUGGAGAGGGAAGUGGGGAAGCAAAGACUGAAGGUAGAGAGGAAGGAAAUUAAUGCGAAGAAGAUGGAGAAUAUCUCUGAGUUAUGCAGCAACUCAGAAAGCCGACAUAUGUUAAAUCUUCGUAGCGGGCCCAAUGCCAACUCUUCUUCGAAGAAGUCCAAACGAAGGAGUGAGAGACCUUCGUCUCCUGAAGACCUCAACCCUCCCACCAUCUUGAGGGAGCACGGACGAAGGGGUGAGAGACCUUCGUCUAGUGGAGGCACCAACCCUUCUACCAUCAUGAAGGAGCACAGAGAAAGGGCAAGUAAGGCGGGAUGUGAGCUCUCUGUUCAUCGUGUGGGCACCAACCCUUCUGCCAUCAUGAAGGAGAGUAGGCAAAGGGGAGAGAGCUCUUUGUCUUCCUCUUCUGAAGAGGAUGAGCCUUCUACCACCAGGCAGCGAAAGCACGGUUUGAGAGCCCUUCCUCUUCAUCCUCCGAAGACAAGCAGCCUGCUACUCAAGCGGCAGCACGCACGAAGUUUGAGAGCCCUUCGUCGUCAUCUUCUAAAGAUCACCAGCGUUUCUACCACCAGGCAGCAAGAACGAAAACGAUGUGAGCUCUUUGUUCUUCGUAGGCACAAACAUGAAGGAGCGCAGGCGGCAGGGUGA